AUGAUUGUAUGCACAACCAACGCGCUACGAGAGAAACAUCAACAAAACAGUCAUCUCAUAAAGACGUAUAUGAGUUUGGAUACUGCGCAGUUAGUGAAAGUCUAUCUAAAUCGGCUUGUUCACUCACUAGUCCCUUCCGAAUUUGGGCCUGAAUAUGCUCAAAGCAUAGCACAUGAUCUUGUGGCAUAUUUCACAGAUCAACCUGGUUCACACACCAAAACUGACCUCACGAAUGUUCUUGCUCAAUGCAAAGCUUCCUUCCUAAGAGCCAACAAGAUCGAAGAAUGGCAUAAACUACAGCGUAUAGUUGAGGAAACAUUGAAAGAAAAGCUGUUGGAUCAAGUCGCGGCGUACUUAGUUUUCCUUUCUGAAAUACAGAAGCCUUCUCACAUAUUCACAGAUACUGCCCCCUCGUCAUCACGGCUUCAUCCUGAUAUUCUUUCCUCCCCAGUGAUUAUUGAUAACCCUGGUACUUCCUCUAAUAGACAGUCGCAGUAUGCGGGAAUAAAGAAGUCACCUUUCCAGAAUAUAGUGGAUGAUUCAGAAACCAUCUUGAGCCUUCAACAUACUCUCUUAGGACAGGAUACGAACUUUUUAAAAUUUGAUUCAGUUUCUGGGAGCAUUGAUCUACCCCCUGAUAUUGAUAAUGGUUACGCUCAACUUUUGAGUGAUGUCAUCGAACCCGGCCUAAUAUUCAGACAUCUUCAGGCUUCAUUGGAGCGUGUUAGGGGCAAAGAAGGAUCGCCCAUCAAAAAAUCCUUCUAUCGGAGCGCUGAGUCACUCCUAACGAACUAUGUAACAUUUGUUAACCAGAUGUUUGAGAACAAGAUCUCAUCUCUAUUAUGGAUAUACAAUAAUUUGCAGAACGAGAUAGAAACCUUAAGGCUCCUUAAUUUUCUUAAUCGACAAUCGGAAAGAAUUGGAGGGUACGAAUUUUUAAAUGAGGUCUACAUAUUAUCGAAAUCCGGCGAUACCAAUGUUCAGCGAAUCUCUCAAGAUAUCUUCAAUGAAAUCAAAGCACCUUACUUUGAAUACCUUGAGCAAUGGGUCAUUCAAGGUGAUCUUAUUGAUGAGAAUAAUGAGUUUUUUGUUUCUUUCAAUCUAGAGAAAACACACAUUCAAGACAUCGUUAUAUACAAUCUCCAUCGUUUACCGGCUUUUCUUAGUUUUGAACCAUCGACCUUUGAGAAGAUUUUCCAGAUUGGAAAAACCCUUAUUUUUCUUGACAAAUACUGCAAUGAACUUGACUGGCUCAAUGAUUAUGCAUCAAGGUAUUCGACUUUUAUUUUCGGAACACACAAUGGUCUCAAAGACAUGGAUCCAAACAGACUACGAAGCCUUGUUGAGUGCCAAUAUUCUGAAAUCAUGUGCUACUUUACCAUAAUUGUUCAAUCUAAGUUCCGAGUGUUCCAGCAUGUGUCAUAUCUAAAGGACAUAAUGCUAAUGAACAAAAGUGACUUCAUCGACUCUAUAUUUCAGAGCGGAUACGAAACUUUAGGGACUCCAGCGGUAAAUCUAACAUCUGGAAUGCUUUCUGAGAUUCUAAUCGAUUCGAUAAAGACAUCCUCUGUGCGUAGUAUGCCGCCUCAGUAUCGUGAAAAUAUUGACGCAAGAAUAUUAGACCUAAGUCAUGGUACAAUCGGAUGGGAUGUCUUCACGUUAGAAUAUAAAAUCCCGAGCUUACCAGCUGAACUAUUAUUGAACCACAAUGACGAAAGAACUCAAUACUUGAGGCUUUUCAAUUUCUUGUGGGGAGUUCGCCAUUUCCAGUUUCAUUUAAACCACGAUUUUCUCGAAUACCAAAGUUUGCACAAGACUAAUUUGCGGAGCAUCAAGGACAAGUGCUACAAACGGCACUCCUUUGAAGGCAUGAAAGAUCGGAUUGACUGGUUCUUCAAAGCAUUGCGUACUAUCAACUUGAUUAGAAAUAAGCUUCUCAUGUUUAUUAACACAAUUUUGAUGCACUUUUCCUUUGAUUCGAUCCAGGAUGCAUUCGAGGUUGAAAUUGUUGGUAGCAUUUUUCGUGAAGAUUGUUUGCUUGGGCCAGACUUUAUCACCGGAAAAUCUAAGAAAGAAAGAAAGCUUCCAAUCCUCAAUGAUGAAUUUGCUGCAAAAUGCACAGACAAUGGCAUCCUCAUCGGGCUUGAAAAAACCAAACAAUGGAAUCAUAAUGGGUCAGAACGUACCAUAGACGAGCUCAUCCUCAUCCAUCGGCGAUACUUGCAAAGGAUUUCGAACUAUAAACUAUUGGAUGAAAGCAGUAGAGGAAAAUUCUCACAGGAAUCUUACAUCAACCAGAUUUAUUCCUUUUUGAACCACGCUUUUACUUUCAUCAAAAGCAGUCAAGAAUUUGGUGCAACAGUGAUCAAUUACGUCAAUGUCCUCAAUUUGAUUGGGCUGAGUUCCGGAGAAAAGUUUGAGGAAGAUUUGGAGAGAUUACACACCCAUCUUCAAAGUCUCAUGAAAAUGAUACACAGCGAGCUUUAUAUGCGGAAAAUACGCCCGCUGAUGCACGUUUUCAUUAAGGACUUACGGGCUGACGUUGACCUCAAAGACCUCAGCAAAUUACUUUAG